AUGGCGCCAUCGUCGCACGAGCUGUCGUCUCUUCUCGACCCUCUCGUCCCGGAAUCCCUCACACAUAACACAAGGACACUGUCCAAUAUUCGAUCGAUCUCGGGCCUCUUGCUCGGCAUCGCGGCUGGCAUACUGGGUCUCGAAUCGCUUCAGGGCUUCGGGUUCUACCUCGCGGCGAACAUGAUCCUUUCGGCGCUCUUUUACUUUUUGCUUGCGGGCGCCACCCCUCAGAAAUACUUCGCGGGCAACUCGGGCACGAGGGGACUGAACGAGAAUGGAAAAGGAAGGAAUCACGGAACUGGUGCGUGGAGCGAGAUAUGGCUUGGAGGAGGGCUGUUUACGGACGCCCUCAGUGGGUUUGUGCUCGGGUGGGCAGGCGUUGGAGGUGUCAUACGAUAA